AUCAACAGCCGCCAUCUUGUCGCGGAUGAGCGUCAGGAUUUCGGGAGAGCAUUAUAUUAUUUUUUACGCGCCCGGCUCCAUCGGAACCGGCCCAAAUAGCUUCCCCGCGACGGAAACGACAAGCUUCGGGCCGAAUCGCGGAUCUUUGUGGUGAAUAUCAGCGUAAUGGAGCCGUUUUUGUGGUCGGUUGGAAAACCCCCGUAUAUCUGAUUUCCCCCUUCAGCGCGAGCGGCGCUCCUGUGCCACUCGCCUAUAUUAAAAUAGAAAUAUUUGUUCUCAUUUUUCAUUUAUAUUUCUAGACUUUACUGAUUAUUCGAUUCGGGCUGGACAUGGAGCUCGAAGGUCUUUAUUUUUAUUCGCAGAAAUUGAACAGACCCACGCAAGCCACUUGAAGCAGUCGGGACUUGAUGAUUUUUCUCCCUCGUCGUUUGUUUGUCGGUUUUAACGAUGAUAUAAUUUAUUUCCGUGGGGUUUGGGGUGAUCAUUAAGGUUAAUUAUGCGGGUUUUGGGUGUUGGAUUAUCAUGGGGUGAAUGGCGGUGGCGGAGCGGGGCGCUGUUGAGUCGUGUUUGAGCCCCAUCUGUUAAUUAUUGGCCCCUGAUCGCUGAAUAAUAAUAGAAAAACCCGAGGGUUGAUUUGAUUUAUUUCGCUUUGUCCCCCCUUCCGGGCUCUCGGAAGACGCAUUUGUUGUUUUGUCGUGUUUUUUUGUGAGGUGAGAGAGCACGAUGGCUGAUAAUCUGCUGGAUAUGGGUCCCUCCAGCGCAAAGCGGCCCAAACUGAACUCACCUGCGCUGUCUUCCUCCGACACUCCAGACUUUGUGUCCUUGUUCGACUUGGAGAAUGAUCUUCCAGAUGAGUUGAUACCCAACGGAGACCUGGGGCUGAUGUCCAUGCCCUCUAAUGGAGACGGAGGGGUGGGGAGCCGGAUGGGGGGCACUGUCCCGGACGCUGCUGCCAAGCACAGGCAGCUGUCCCAGCUCCUGCAGGCAGGGAGCGGCUCUGGUCUGGCUGGAAACCUCAGCCCUCAGUCUGGAAUGGGUGGCCAACUGGGUGCCUUGGGGAAGAGUUCCAUGGGCCAGGGCUCACCCGGUCACCAGACCCAACCUCCAAAGCCGGUCGGCAACCCUUCCGGUCAGGGCAACAACAGUCCGGGCAUGGUCCUCAAUGCAGGUUUCAACCCGGCCAUGCUGAACAAUAACCAGGCUCAUGGACUCAUGGGGCAGAACAUGGCUCCGCAGGGGCAGAUGAUGAAUGGCGUGAUGGGGCCGGCCGGAAGAGGCAGGGCAGCUCCGGGUAUGCAGUACCAGGGUCAGGCCAUGCAGGGAGCACCGGGCGCCGGGCAAGGGGUCAGCGUUUCUGGCAGUGUAUUGGCGGAGACGCUUACCCAGGGUGCACCACAGAUGGGGGCACACAAUGCCAUCAAUCCCCAGCAAGCUGGAAACAUGAACAAGAUGGGUCUUGCAACCGCUAACGGCCCGUUCGGGCAGCAGUACUCACAGGGUUCAGUCCCGCAGAUGUCCAGCGCUGGAUUAAAUGCUCAGAUCCAGAACAAGGCAGCUCUUCCCAACAGCCUCCAGCCCACCCUGAAGGGUGCUUCCAGCGUGCCAAAUCUGCUGCAGCAGCAGGUGCCCUCGGUGGGCAUGGUCCCGGGACAGGGGGUGUCAGCGGGCCCCACGGCCGAUCCAGAGAAGCGCAAACUGAUCCAGCAGCAGCUGGUCCUGCUGCUUCAUGCCCACAAGUGCCAGCGGCGAGAGCAGGCCAACGGCGAGGUGCGCCCCUGCGCCCUGCCCCACUGCCGCACCAUGAAGAACGUCCUCAACCACAUGACCCACUGUCAGGCUGGGAAAUCCUGCCAAGUGGCUCACUGCGCCUCCUCUAGACAGAUCAUCUCGCACUGGAAGAACUGCACUCGGCACGACUGCCCUGUCUGUCUGCCCCUGAAAAACGCCAGCGACAAGAGAAACCAGCAGCCGAUGCUGAGCUCCCCUAACACUGGCAUGCAGGCUCCGCUGGGCCCCGUGGGCACGAGUCAACCCGCUGUGCCCGCCAUCAGCAGCGGCACACACAUAGACCCCAGCUCUAUGCAGAGGGCGUACGCAGCACUGGGCCUCCCGUACGGGAACCAGCCGGCUGCGCAGACGCAGGGCACAGGACAGCAGCCCACGCAGACCCAGCAGCAGAUGCGCUCCAUGCCUGCAUUAGGCACUAACCAGAUGAACAUCGGUGGUAACGGUAUGGCCGAUCAGACGAACCUUCACACUGAUUCCUCUCUCCCCUCAUCCCUCAGCAAUCAGAUGAUGCUAGACGGGUCGAACAUGGGCGUCACGGGGAACCUGCCCACAGCUGCGCCGCUGUCAAUGCCUGGCAUGAAGAAGCCCUGGCACGAGCACGUCACUCAGGAUUUGAGGAACCACCUAGUGCACAAGCUAGUUCAAGCCAUAUUCCCGACCCCAGACCCUGCAGCACUGAAGGACAGACGCAUGGAGAACUUGGUGGCUUAUGCGCGUAAGGUGGAAGGGGACAUGUAUGAGUCUGCCAACAGCAGGGAUGAGUAUUACCACUUUCUGGCUGAGAAGAUCUAUAAGAUCCAGAAGGAGCUGGAGGAGAAGAGAAAGUCCAGGCUGUCGAAGCCCCAAAUGGUCGGUCAGGGUCCUCAGCAGCCUGGCCUUCCCCAGCCCAACGCUAUGGGACCUGGACAAGCCAUCCGGUCUCCAAAUGGACCUGUUCCUAUGUCCAGUGUGCCAAAUCAGUUGAUGGCCCGGAUGCAGGUCCCUCAAGGUAUGGUUUUUCAUUCUGCAUACACUCAUAUAGUACCAAUGCCCUCCAUCUCUCCUCUGCAGCAGCAGCCGAAUGCUAACCUGACCCUGAAUUCCGUGGGCCCUCUGGGCACCCAAUCCGCCCUGUGCUCCACCCCUCCUCCGCCCUCCGCCUCCACCCCAGCAGCUGCCGCUAGCCUACAGCAACUCCAGACCCAGCCUUCCACGCCGGCCUCGGUCGGGGGCCACGUCACGCCCACCCACAUCCCCAGUGGCUUGCCCCGCCCUCCCUCAGCCCUGGGCUCCUCUCCUGCCUCCUCCCAGCCGCUCACACCCCUGCAGCCCCAGCCCGAGCCCUCCCUGCAGAUGCAGCAGCCCACCUCUGUGAAAGCGCAGCAGCCCAGCACUCCGCUCUCUCAGAUGGCCUCUAGUGUUGAUAAUAGAGUUCCCACACCUGCAUCCGUGACAGAGACCCACUCCCAGCAGGCUUUGCCACCUGACUACCCUGCGGCCGAACUCAAAACCGAGCAUCAAGAAGACGAGCAGGACUUUGAGUCUGGGAAAAAGCAGCCCGAUCUCAAGAUGGAGUACGAGUUUUCACCUCAGACGCUUUGCUGCUAUGGCAAACAGCUCUGUACUAUCUCCAGAGACGGCACAUAUUAUAGCUACCAAAACAGUUCACCUAAUUAUGGCCUUGUUGCCGACAGGUAUCACUUCUGCGAGAAGUGCUUCAACGAGAUUCAGGGCGACAGUGUCACCCUGGGAGACGACCCAGCCCAGCCGCAGACGUACGUAUCUUCUGCUGCCCAGAAGGCUUUGAGUAUGAUAUCAAAGGAGCAGUUUGAGAAGAAGAAAAAUGACAUGUUGGACCCUGAGCCCCUUGAACAAGCUGCACUUAACAGAAUGGCCUUUUCUCUGUCUCCACAGUACGAGUUUUCACCUCAGACGCUUUGCUGCUAUGGCAAACAGCUCUGUACUAUCUCCAGAGACGGCACAUAUUAUAGCUACCAAAACAGGUAUCACUUCUGCGAGAAGUGCUUCAACGAGAUUCAGGGCGACAGUGUCACCCUGGGAGACGACCCAGCCCAGCCGCAGACGUACGUAUCUUCUGCUGCCCAGAAGGCUUUGAGUAUGAUAUCAAAGGAGCAGUUUGAGAAGAAGAAAAAUGACAUGUUGGACCCUGAGCCCUUUGUCGAAUGUAAAGACUGCGGUCGGAAGAUGCAUCAAAUCUGUGUACUGCAUUAUGACGUCAUCUGGCCAUUAGGUUUCAUCUGUGACAACUGCCUGAAGAAGUCAGGGAAAACGAGAAAGGAAAACAAGUUUUCUGCUAAAAGGUUGCAGAGCACAAGACUGGGCUCGUACAUAGAGGACCGAGUGAAUAAGUACUUGAAGAGGCAGAAUCACCCCGAGGCCGGAGAGGUGUUUGUGCGGGUGGUCGCCAGCUCUGAUAAGACCGUGGAGGUCAAACCUGGGAUGAAAUCCAGGUUUGUUGACUCAGGAGAGAUGUCAGAAAGCUUUCCCUACAGAACCAAAGCACUUUUUGCAUUUGAGGAGAUUGAUGGAGUCGAUGUGUGUUUCUUCGGCAUGCACGUUCAGGAAUAUGGAUCCGAUUGUCCUUUUCCAAACACCAGACGGGUAUACAUAUCAUAUCUUGACAGUAUUCACUUCUUCAGGCCGCGGAUGCUAAGAACUGCAGUUUACCAUGAAAUCCUCAUCGGUUAUUUGGAGUAUGUUAAGAAACUUGGGUAUGUGACUGGUCAUAUUUGGGCCUGCCCACCUAGUGAAGGCGAUGACUACAUCUUCCACUGUCACCCUUCUGAUCAGAAGAUUCCCAAGCCUAAAAGACUGCAGGAGUGGUACCGCAAAAUGCUGGACAAAGCCUUUGCAGAAAGAAUACUCCAUGACUAUAAGGACAUAUUUAAGCAGGCCACAGAGGACCGGCUUACAAGUGCCUACGAGCUGCCCUAUUUCGAGGGUGAUUUUUGGCCCAAUGUUCUGGAGGAAAGCAUCAAGGAGCUGGAGCAAGAGGAGGAGGAGAGAAAGAAGGAGGAGAAUACAGCCUCCAUUGAGACAACAGAGGGAACCCAACUUGACAGCAAGAACGCCAAAAAAAAGAACAAUAAAAAGACCAAUAAAAAUAAGAGCACCAUGAGCCGCGCAAACAAAAAGAAGCCUGGGAUGCCGAAUGUAGCUAAUGACCUGUCCCAGAAGCUAUAUGCAACAAUGGAGAAGCACAAAGAGGUCUUCUUCGUGAUCCACCUGCAUGCUGGUCCAAUGAUCAACACCCUGCCUCCGAUCAUGGAUCCUGACCCAAUGCUGACCUGCGAUCUGAUGGACGGCCGUGAUGCCUUCCUGACACUGGCCAGGGACAAGCACUGGGAGUUCAGUUCCCUACGCCGCUGCAAAUGGAGCUCUAUGUGCAUGCUGGUGGAGCUACACAAUCAGGGCCAUGACCGAUUUGUGUACACUUGCAACGUAUGCAAGCACCAUGUAGAGACACGCUGGCAUUGCACUGUUUGCGAGGACUUUGAUCUAUGCAUUAACUGCUACAACUCCAGGGGCCAUGAGCACCAAAUGGUGAAGUGGGGUUUGGGCCUGGACGACGACAGCAACAACCAGGGUGGCGAGGCCAACAAGAGUCCUCAGGAGAGUCGACGCCUCAGCAUCCAACGCUGCAUCCAGUCGCUGGUGCACGCCUGCCAGUGCCGCAACGCCAACUGUUCUCUGCCAUCUUGUCAGAAGAUGAAGCGUGUAGUGCAGCAUACCAAGGGCUGCAAGCGCAAGACCAACGGAGGCUGCCCCGUUUGCAAGCAACUCAUCGCGUUGUGCUGCUACCAUGCCAAGCACUGCCAGGAAAACAAGUGCCCCGUGCCCUUCUGUCUCAAUAUCAAGCACAAGCUGCGGCAGCAGCAGAUUCAGCAGCGGCUGCAGCAGGCGCAGAUGAUGCGCCGGCGAAUGGCACUCAUGCAGGGCAGAGGAAUGCCUCCCAGUCUGCCCUCCCCAACUACCUCAGGAGGUCCAGGGACGCCCAACUCUCAGCAGCUGCAGCAGCCUAAUACCCCUCAGACCUCGCAGUCAUUAGCCAACCAGCCCCAGCAGACACAUCCGAAUGUGGCUGGAAUGGUGCAAACCUUCCCCAACCAGCCGUCUACACCAGGGCCGCAGGGUAAGCCAGGCCCGCAGUCCUCGCCUCUGCCCCAGCAGCAGUCUCCCCUGCCCAUGCCGCCUCAACAACAGCCGCAGCCCUCUCCGCAGCAACAGCAGGCUUUGAAGGUUGCGAAACAAAUAGAGAUGAUGACCAAAGUUCAGCAGCAGCAACAGCACCAGCAGCAGCAGCAGCAGCAGCAAGACUACAGGAUGAAUGUGAACGUGAAUGGCAUGCCGAUGAACCAACCUCGCAUGAUGACUCCCAUGCAAAUGAUGGCCCCUCGUGGUCCUCAGAUGGUUCAGAACAUGCAGCCUGGCCAGUGGCCAGCUGGGAUGCAAGGGUCCAUGCAGAAUCCGCAGGCACCUCCGCCGCAGCAAGUGCCGCCGCAGCAGAUGGCCAUGGCCCCGCAGCAGUCUCAGGUAGUGCAGACACCGCAACAGGCGCAAAUGAUGCAGCGCGCCAUGAUGCAGCAACAGCAGCAGCCGCGACAGAUGCAGGCCGUAAUGCCUCCCCAACAGGCGCAACCACAGGCCCCGCAGCAACAAGGCAUGCAGCAAAGAGGGGUGACCAGCAGCAUUGCUCCAGGAGCGCUGCAGGACCUGCUGCGCACGUUAAAAUCGCCAAGUUCCCCUCAGCAGCAACAGCAGGUCCUCAAUAUCCUCAAGUCGAACCCGCAUCUCAUGGCCGCGUUUAUCAAACAGCGGACGGCGAAAUACCAAGCCAGCCAACCGCAGCAGCAGAACCCGCAGGCCAUGCUCGCAGGUCAGCCGGGGAUGCAGAACAUGGCUGCGAUGCAAACAGGCCCCGUGCAGAGACCCGUCAUGCCGCCUCAGCAACCUCAGCCGGCGGCAACCCAAGCCAUGGCCGCCCUCGGAUCCCAGGGACAAAUGAUGAACGCUGCACACAAUGGAAACCAGCAGCUGUUCCGCCGGCAACUAAUGCGCAUGCAGCAGCAACAGCAACAACAGGGAGCAAUGCCUCCAGGACAAGGAAGAUUCCCGCAACCUCAAGGCGCAGCCAGUUAUUCGCAAAUCCGCAUGCAGCAGCAGAUGGCCAUGCAGGGAGGUGCCGGGCCAAUGGGUCAGAUGCCGCCCAUGGCUCAGAUGGGCCAGCCUGGCAUGAGCAUGGAUGCCCAGCAAAACAUGCUGCAACAGCGCAUGCUGCAGCAGCAGCAACAACAACAGCAGCAGCAGCAGAUGCUGAAGCAGCAAAUGGGAUCACCGGCACAGGCCGCUUCCAUGAGUCCCCAACCCCACAUGCUUGCAGGACAGCCGCAGGGAGCUCACCUGCCCGGACAGGCCAUGGCCAACGUGCUGGGCAACCAAGUGAGGUCACCUGCACCCGUGCAAUCGCCCCGUCCCCCGUCCCAACAGCCGCCACAUUCCAGCCCGUCCCCACGCAUGCAGCCCCAGCCCUCGCCCCAGCACGCCACCCUGCACUCUGGCGCGUCCCACCCCAGCCUGGCGGGACCCAUGCCGGGCCCCAUGGACCAGGCUCACCUGUGCACACCCGAACAGAGUGCAAUGCUUCCGCAGCUUAACACGCCAAACCGUGGAGGGCUGACCAACGACUUGAGUAUGGUUGGGGACACCACGGGAGACACUUUAGAGAAGUUUGUCGAGGGAUUGUAGCAUUAAGAGACGUUCUUUUUGAAAAGAGAGGUGUGUUUUCUACACAAAAAAAAUUUGAGAAGACAAUUAAAUGAACUAAUAGGUUUACACAACCAAUGGACUGCUUUUUGUUCCUUGUUGGAGGGAUUGAAAUUACUGUUUAAAGAGCAGAAUCACAAACGGUUUUUUUCUGGGAGGGUUGUCGGACCGGCCGAAAUGCAGUCCUGGUCUACCAGUUACAUUUUUAAUUUUUUUGUUUUCGUAGUUUUUUUCGGGGAGGGGGUUAUUUUGAGCUUAUGGACUUUUUAAAUGGAAUUUCUCAAGGCAAAAUAUUUGAUUUUAUUAUUGAAGUCUUUCGUUUUGUAUGUUUGCAAAUUGAAAUGCGUUUUUUUGUUUUUGUUUUGUUUUUUGUGAGUGUGUGUGCGUGUUUAGGGACUGUAAGAUACUCGGUGUGGAAUUAGGAUCAGGAUCAAUCCUUAUUCCUGUCUGCUACGUAUUCACAUUUACCAGGUUUGGAAAAGGACACGCCGCCUUUUUCUCUCCAAACUGUGGUGUUUGUACAGAGGACCUGUAUUCAUUUGUACAGAAAGGAGCUUGGCUACUGCGCGCACACACACAUACACAAACACAAACACGCGAGCAAAUUGUGAAAGUUGCUCUUAUUUUUCAAGGUGCCCAAAUGCGUUAAUUUAUUGGCCUGGAUUCAGUAGUUGUCUCUUAAGAUGUAGGAAGAUGUUCCUGUUUUCUCGUUUGAUCUCUGAAACAUCAAUGAUGUCCCCUCCACCUCGCGUAUGAGGCCGGAGCUUCGUCUGACUGCUGAUUUGUUCAAAGAGUUCUUCAAUCAACCUCUUUUGUUUUUCUUCUCAUGAAACUUGAAUUGAAGGUGAAUGAUUCUUUAAUGUAAAUCAUGCAGCUUGAUGACAUACUGUAAAUAAAAGAAAAAAAGAUUGAGAUCGCUGUAUAAACUGGUUAAGAACUUGUUUCGUACUUAUAUACCAUAUUGUUAAAUAAACUGUGUGCAACAGA